CGCUUGGUGAAUCUGCAGUAUUUUACCUGACUCUCUACCGGUACAGACUAAUCCAGCAACCCUUCAUUUCGUCAAGUUCUGUUUACUGAUAUUGUUUUCGCAUCGUCGUGCACCUUCCCCUAUUCAAUUGGAGGCACCACGACAGAUACCAAUACACAAAAUGGGUUGGUUUCCGCUCGAUCUCGCGUCGGAAGAGCCUACCUGGAGCUUCGACAUUGUCGGUUUACUCGCUGUGGUCGGAGGUUCAUCCAUUGAGAAGCAUGCGCAAGCAAUCACAGCAUCACCCUUUGGGGGCUUUCCGCGUCUCCUGCCCGCCCCGGAGACAAUGCUCAACACCGAUCGCCCCGUCCGCCUCCCCUCCGUCAAGGACGUACACGUCGUGGGUGUCUUCUCCGGUAAUCACUUCACCGAGUUGAACUUUUUCGCCGAUGUGAUCCACCGGGUAGACUCGCUGGAGCCGUACGAGUUCCAGUCGUACGAGAUUACAUAUGCCGGAAGUAGUCCCGAGCGGAAUGGGCCCCCGGAUGACAAGAACAGCAUCCCACUGCGCAAGAUCUGCCCACUCAAUUUGGUAACGUUGGUCUCCGUGCUGAUGACGGUCGCACUAUUCGUCUGGGCCGGCGUCAACCACGACGCGGUGGCUUUGAUUGGCCUGGGAACCAUGACCUUAUCCACGAGCACCGCGUGCUUAUCCUCCCAAUGGCGACCGAAGCUGUCGGUGCGGAAGUCCAAGGCUGCCAAGGUCCCGCCCGGAGACGUGGUCAUCCGCACGCGGUCGGGAGCUUUUAUCGUCGUCAAAUGCAACGAGGACAUUGCUCGCGAGCUUUAUGGUGGCACGGAAGCUUGCGAUUAUGUCUUCAGGGGGCGGGCGCACCAAGUCCUGCUGGCACUCAGCACGGUGCUGCUGAUGGCCUCAAUCAUUUUCUUCAGUAAUUGCGGGUGGAAAUCGCAGAUCGCCGUCGGUUUAGCAUACGUGAUCCUCAACAUCGCUUACUGGGCCAUGGCGUUGCUGACGGAACCUCGGCAAACCUGGGAUAUUGACUCGCGGUACAAUAUCAAGCAGAUCGAGCGUAAGCUCACCGACAAUUAUACACAGGUUCUGUGGCACUGUAUCCGAACGACGCGGAAGGUCCACUGGAUUCAUAAGGGACAAAUGGCGCCGUCGACCCUUAACUGGGAUGGGUGGUUGAAGGAAGCACGGAGGCAUUCUGGUAGUGAGGACUGGAACCCUGAUGAGGCGCGGGAUCGAUGGAUGGCAAUGAAGCUGGAACCUGAGGCAGAUGACAGCGAAUGA